AUGAGCAUGUUCCUACUCACAAGUGCGCUCGGGAGCGCGAUCGGGAUCGCGCUGUCGCCGACCGCAGAGGACCCGAAGCUGGUGUGGAUGUACACGGGGCUGUCGGUGGCGACGGCGGUCGCGGGCGCGCUGUUCUGGGUGUGCUUUCGGGGGCUGAAUGGUAGGGAGGAGGGGCUGAAUGCGUUGGAGGGGGUGGGGGAGAAGGAGGAGAGGUUGGAGGAGGAGUGA